AUGGAAGAUGCCAACGACAUAAUAAAAGAAAUUAUAUACAGGUCAGCAGACGAGUGCAAUUACAACAAUGAGGAACUGAACUUCCCGACCAUUAUGAAACAGUACUAUGACGUGACGCGCAAGUACAGCACAACGAACCAACUCUCAAGGGAGAUUCUUAACAAGCUAGUAAUUAUCUGUAAAAAUAUAAUUCAUGAUAAAGUGUCUUGUGAGUACCCCCUGAGGGUGCACACCGAUGGGAGGGAAGGAGAAGAGGAAUACAUCCCUCAUGAUCAGGAUGGAGAAGAGGAAUACAUCCCGCAUGAUCAGGAUGGAGAAGAUGUUCACAACUUGGCGUUGGACAAUAACAACCUCCUCAGCAUGCAGGAUAUCUUUUCCGCUUCGCAAGAUGUGUUCCAUUACAAACAUUACGAUCAAUACGAACAGCGCCAACAUUACGAUCAGUGUGAACCUUAUGAUUGCUUACCUCCUACGGGUGAAUCCGUCCAGGUGUGCCGCGUGCACGCCGAGAGAGUGCACAUCUCACGUGAGGAAGGUACCCCCUACAGCGAAAAUAUACCUUACGAACAACGCUUUCCUCAAGGAUCCCUCAAAAUGACCACCCUUAGGAGGAAGGGGCCUGCGGAGGAAACCACGCACAUAUGCGAACUUAGUCCACCAAGAAAAUUUAGCAUCGUGGCGGUCAGGAGCAAUCAGACAGAAAGAAGUAGCGGCAUGAAGGGAAGAACAACAAAGGGCGGAAGGAUGCAGAACAAACUGAAAGGCAAUCCGAUGAGUCUAUGUAAUGUACAGGCAAGGAGCAACAUGAACCCGAUGCAAAACGAAAAGUCUUUCAUGCAUAAGAAUAACCGAAAUUUGCUAAAAAUUUAUUUAAAUGGAGAAUUGCUAUGUAACAUAUAUGAUAAACUUACGAAGAAGGUGGGGUGGGGGAUGAGUACUGGUGGAAUGCAGACAACGAGUGUCCAAGAAAAAGUGAAGUUAUACAAUGAGGCAAACGUGUUCUUUACAUUCAAGACAUUGAGAAAGCUUCAAAGACACUGGGUGUGUUACGCGAGGAAGAAGAAGGAGCUGAGGAAGAGAGCCGACAAGUAUGAUAAACUGUACAAGAGAAAGUUACUAGCAAAAUUCUACGAACUAUGGCUCUAUCGAAAUGAAAAAAAAAUAUAUAUCAAAGGAGUGUUCGAAAAAAUGGUGGAAAAGAGGAAGAAGAACCUUCUCCGAAAACAGUACAAUGUAUGGAUGUGCAAAUAUAAAAAAAAAAAAAAAAAAAAUUUUAUUUAUCUUGUUCAUAUCUUUAGUGAGUGGAGAACCUACGCAGAGAAGGAGAAAACGUUACAGAGGGCAAAGCAAAAAGUGGAAAGACAAAAGAAAAAAGAAAAAUUUGUCAUUUGGAAGGAACGAUAUAGAAGGAAGUUAAUAAAAAAAAAGAAAAAUGAGCAAAUACAAAGUGUCUACAAUAAAAACUUGAUAAUCAAGUGCUACGUGCAUUUUGCUCUGUACCAUAAGAAGAGAAAGAGGGAGAGACAAUCCUUCCGUAUGGUUAGUUUUCACAUGAAGGAGAAGUUGUCUCACCUGUAUUUUUCUCUCCUGGUUAGUCGCUAUAAAGAAGAAGUGGAGUUUAGGAACUACUACUCUCGGUACCUUAAAAAGGUAAAGAAGUUCCAUUUGAAGAAAUUUUUUUCUAUCUUCAGAGGAUAUGUCCAAAAGAGGAGAAACCUAAAAAGGUCAUACAACUUUCUGGCACGACAAAAUAGUAAAAACGUGCUUAGUGUAUACUUUAACAAGUGGGUUUUUACCUUACACGAGGCGAGAAGAAUCACCACAAUGCUUAGUAAGCACUUCGAAAGAAGGUCGCAUUCCUUGCAAAAAAAAUUUUUUUUAAUUUUGAGAAGACACAAAAAUAAAUCGUUCAGUCUGAAGAAGAGGUUUAUAGUUCUUUAUGAGAAGAAGAACCAAGUGGAACUGCUUCGUACCUUCCAACAGUGGAAGAAGCGUUACACCAUCAAUGCCACGCAGUACAUCCUCUUACACAGUAAAUAUAAGUAUAAGCUAAUCAUACGAUGUUUCUCUCUUCUGCGGGAUUAUAAGAAUUACAGGAAGAGGAGAAAGCAUUCUAUUGAACAAAUGCGUAGUUACUUUGUUAACCGGGUGAAGAAGCGAACUCUCUCCAAAUGGAUAGACUAUGUGCGCAUCUAUAAGAGGGAUAUCCUUCACUACUAUCAUUUUAACGACCAAGGAAAUUUCUUCCUCCUCUUUAUGUUAAAAACUCUGCUACAGUGUCGCUUGUUAUCUCCAGAAAGCAACGGGAAAACCCUCCUUGACAUUGUCAAUUUUUCUAACAUAAACUUUAACCUAAAUAAUUUUGUCUUCAUUCAUAAGAAGUACCUCGUGGGGAAGGGUCUCCUUCCGAACAUAGGAACUCUGUACGACAACGCCAUGUUCGUUUACAGGUCCCUUAACAUUAUUUCCUCCUUCGUCCCCGUGCCCUUCGCCGUCAGCCUGCGCAAGCUUCGCCACAAUUUGCCCUACCUGUGCUUCGCGCUAAAAAUGGCAAUUUAUAAACGUGUCGUGGACACCUGGCGCAACGAAUGCAUGCGCAUCAAGCGGUUCAGAGCGGAGUGUAGGAAGGAGCUCCAAAGGAGUUGUCUUUCCCGCUUUAGGGGUCUAGUAAGGAAGAAGAAAGCCCUUCAGGAGGCGAAAAAAAAGUACGACCAAGAACAGAAGAUGCAAAUAAAGAGCAAAAUCUUUUCCACCUGGCUGUCUCUCCGAAUGAAAUACUACACGUUCCGCAGGAAGUUUCAAUGUUUUGGUCUCCGAAAUCGGCAAAAAAAAAUGAAAAAAAUUAUACAAGGGUGGGUAUCUAUAAGCAGAGAAAAGAGGGAGAAGAAAAAAAAGAUUCUGCUCUUCUUCAAGUCGGUACUCAUGAGAAAGAAGAAGAAGUAUUUCGAUUGUCUACUCCGACAUGUACACAGAAGGAGGAAAAAAAAAGUUAAGGAAAAAAUCGCCAAUCUUUAUUACGUACGCAAGUACAAGAGCAGGGCCUUCAAGGCUCUCUUCCUAUACUCCAAGAACCUUCUUUUCUUUAAUGCACUGAAUACUAUUGCAGAAUCAUACUUAAAGCAGAUGUGCGUUCGAAGGUGGAGGCACCUGACCAGAGCAUUCCUAGAAAAGCGCCAGGAAAUCAGGGCCGCCUUCAUCCACUUGGACAUGAAACUGAAGCGCCGAUUUUUCAACAUCUUCUUUAUCUACGUGCGACUGCGGAAUAUGAGGCGCACGAAGAUUGCCCACGUGAAGCGUGUCCAGGCGAAAUUCCUCACCAAGAGAUUCCUCGAAAAGUGGAAAAACUACGUUCAAAUAAGGAGGAAUAAGGAGGCGUUUCUCUCCAACAUGAUAAGUCUCUUCAACAGGAAGAAGAAGCUACAAAUCAUUAGCAAGUGGUACACGCGUUUCAUACUGAACGUGCGUCUUAAGGAGAUGGAGAGAAUUAUUUCAUGGAAGGUGUGCCUCGUUUACUUCGCGGGUUUGUUGCUCUACAGUCAGAAGAUGAAGCGGGUGGAGCUUUUCCUGAGGAGUCGCACCAACGUGGUGACCUGCCAAAGGAUGCUAAAGAAAUGGAGAAGACAAGCCAAAUUGCAAAUAAAGAAAAAAAAAAUAAUUGAGAGGAGAGUAGUAACAAUCAAAAGCAAGUACUACACAGAGUGGAAGAAAAAAUAUCAAAAAGUAAGGAGGAAAAAAAAAGACCAACUUAAAAUACAGUCAAUUAGGCAUAUAGGAAAUGCUAACACCCUACGGAAGGUGAACCAUCUGUGGAGAAUCAGAUCCGAACAGUCUAGAAACAUUAAGCGUCUUAUCCAUGCGACAUACUCCUUCGUAAUAAAGAAAUGUAUGAGUGAAGCGUUUGUCGCUGUGUACAGAUGUAGUCACUACUACGUGCACAUAGAAGUGACGCUUACCAACUUUUUAGUAGAGAAGAAAGAAAAAAUGAAAAGAAAAAUCUGGGCCAUUUUAAAGCGUAACCGUAGCAAUAGACUUAGAAACAGAAAGGCUGCACACUUAUUUUCUUCGAUCCUAAAAAUAAGAGCUUUCUCAGCUUUACAGCUACACCGACGCAGGCAAAGUGCAUUCAAAAGGGGGUUCCAGGUGCUCACCCUCAAACGGAAAAAGAAAUACUUCAACGCAAUGCUCCACUUUUUUGAGUUUAUCAAAAGAGCCAAAUUCAGUUUUUAUUCCAUUAGGAUUAAUGGCGAACGUAGAUUGCAGCGCCAUUUCUUCCUUGUCUGGAUGGCCUACCUUACAAAGCGGAAACAAGAGAGGAAGAUCGCUCGCAUAAUACAGAGACAAAAGGCAAACAGAAUAAAGGGAGCCAUCUUUUUUCAAAUUAAGAGGAGAAUCAACAGGACAAGGUACCUUAUGCUUCUGUUACACAGGAUGGAAGACCUGAUGAAAGCGAAGAUGUAUCAACAGGGUGUUUACAAAAUUAGGGCAUACAGGAAAAUCAUGAUCAUACGGGAGAAAAUACUAUCGAAGCUGCAAAAGGAUAGACAUGAGAAAACGAUCAGGAAGGUUUUCAAUUCAUUCAAGGAGAGACUAGCCAAGAGUAGAAGGACAAAAUUGGAAAAAGACUUGAUUAAUCGUUUCUACUCAAAGUUGAUAAUGAAGAAGUAUUUUCGUUUUAUUUCUCAGCGGUCACAUGAUUUGUCCAUAAGGAGGAAUGCAAUCGUUCGUGAAGUGGAUGCGAAGAGCGUGUUGCACCGAACCAAGAGGCAUUUCCUUUGGUGGAAGACUUUCGUGAAAAGGAAACGACUCCACAGGAAACUUUACAAUGCGGUGAAACUACAGAAGAAAGCUCGUGUCUUCAUUACUCUACUACACGUGAAGGCUCAAAAUUGUUACAAGAAGGUAGCUCUAGUGCACAGGAUACACGCUCUGGUUUAUCCCUCUCGGUGUAGCAUCCCCCCAUUUGAGGAGAUCCUCGAUUGUGGGCACGCAACCCUGAGAGUUGACCCCCAGGGGAGAAAUUACAACUGUGUGGGGGGAUACAAAGGAGAGCUUUCGUGCAGUUACAAUAGGAGAGUUGCAUCCGAGUUGAAUUUUACAUGCGAAGAAAGUGCAAGAAGUGAUGAAACCGAUGGAACGGAUGGAAGUAACAGAAGCAGAGAGAACGAACUACGCGACAACAUCGGUGAUGACGUGAAGAUAGAGGAGCGACUAACCAGGUGGAAUACACAUCAACAAUUUAAAACGCUCAUUCAGAUGAAUCGAAUGGAUAUACAGAUGGGACGAAUAGAGAAGAAAAACCACCACUUCAUCAUAGAAAAACGAUCCAAAAGAAAGAAUAGCCAUUUUUACAGCUACCAGAAGGUUUGUUACUCCUUAAUGAACACCCCCAUGAACAGACUAAUGAUUCUAUACCUUCUCAUGUUCGACCUCUACGACAUCAACACCCUUUUCGAUCAUUUCAAGAAGAAAUUCAAUUUCCUGUACCAUUUUUUUUUCAAUUUCCUCUCCCUCAAAACGAAGAAGUUGUUAUUGAAGGUUUUCAAAAGAAAGCGAAGUUUCUCUUAUUUUCAAGUCGUUAAUGGAAAGGAUUCUGAUUUGAAUACCAACUUUAAACUGAUUCUUCUCGUUUACUACCUUCUGGGGAGAUCUGUGUCAUCCGCGGGUGGGUCACACGAAAGCAGAGCUCUCCAAAUUUUCAACGCGACGCGCUCCUUCCUCGGAGGGAUGCAGGAAAGGGUGAGAGUGGACACGGUGGAGAAGGUUGUCAUACUGAACAAACCUUCAAACACUGUUAACCAGACACACACUGCAGAUGAGGCAUGUACCCAAGUUUGUGGUGGAUCAUCAACGCCAAGUAGUAGUGAGGUAGACACGUCUCUCUCCUCGCAGAGCUCUGGAAAUGGAAUUUCCUCCAUAGGAAUGAGCAUUCCCAUAAAGCGCACCCCCCAGAUGAGACGCCUAGCCAGUGGUGCCCUGCAAAGGAACCUGAUCGAUUUUGUUAAAACCUUAAAAAGUGGCAUAGCAACACGUUUUAGAGAAACCACUCUGAGUGUUCACUUUUCCAUAAUGUGCUCCAUAGGUAGAGAGAAGCUAAUCCAAGUGCACCUCUUCUUUAGCAGAUUGAAGAGAUGCACACAGUGGUGGAGGCAGUACAGUUUAGUGAGGAGUCAACAUAAGAAGGAAGACAGUAGAAGAGUAGCUACCUUAGAGAAAAAAAAAAAAAACGAACUUUUAGAAAAAUUUUUUGGCAUAUGGGUUCUAUCAUUCAACUGCAAAGUGAAAGAAAUAAAGACUAAGAGAAAGCAGGUUUUGAAGAAACAUAUCAGGCUUUUAUUUUCCUACUGGCAUGGGCUAAUAAAAGUAGGAAAUUAUGACAAGGAGAAAUUUUUGAAACUGAAAGAGCAAGUCGAGAGGAGGGUGAAGAAGAACUAUUUGGAAAGAUACAUAUCUGUUCAUAUGUCGAAGAAGAGUGAGAAAAGGAAUUUCUCCAUUGUAAUGAAACACAGCAAUGAAAAGAGAAAAAGAACUUUCUUCUACGUGUGGUUGUUACUGUAUCGAUAUGAACAAAAGGGUUGUCUGGUACGUUCGCGUAUGCAAAGGAGAAUACUGAGGUGUCACUUCGAUUCCUGGCUUGGCAUUUACGCAAAGAAGCAGAUAUAUCUGUUACUUAUUCGCAUGAUCAAUGAGCACUUCUUAAGGAAGCUCUUCACACAUGUGGUGCACAAAUUCAAGUAUUACAGUUUUAUUAAAGGGAGAGCACUCUCCACACUAAGGAGGUGUUUCCUCGUGCACUAUAAUUUAGUUAAGCGUAAUGUCACUAUUACAAAGCUGCAGGUAUACAUAUGUGCGUCUGUUCGGUUUAGCCAGAUGAAGCAUCUGUUUGAGCUAUGGAGUAAAAAGUACAGGAAGAGAAAAAGUUGUAGAGAGAGCUACUCUAUCGUUAUGAGAAGAAAAAAACGCGUCUUCUUCCACAAGUGGGUAAAACACUUGCUAGACAAUAGCAAAUUGCAUGAAGAGAAAAUAAAAAAGUGGGAAUCCUUUUACGUAAAGAGCUUCUUCUCAAAAUGGAUGACAUAUCACCAUUACAAGAAGGUGAAAAAUAGGAGAAGAAGAAAUAUCUUACAAUUUUAUUUUCGGCAUUUGAGGAGAACAUUCCAGAUGAGUGUCUCCCUUAGGGAAUACACCAGAAAAGCAAAACUCACAGUGACGAGAAAAAUUUUCUCCAUGCUUAGGGAGAACAAAUUGGUGAGGGUUAACAGGAGACGAAUCCAUCUGUACUGUGAGCAAUUCUCGGUGAGAACUCUCUUACGGAGGUACUAUUCCCUCUGGGCCAAUCAUUACUUAUUGUGUAAACAUGUGAAGAGCAUUGUGUGUAGGAUGACCCUCAUCAGGAACACGCAGUUACUUCGCAGGAGCCUAAACGGCUGGCUACUUUACACACAGAGGACGAAGCAACUGCAGGAAAUUCACAACGUAAUAAAGUUUAAGAGGAACAAAGUAGUGCAAAUUAUAUUCAACAGAUGGAGAAAUCUGUACGAAUUUGCCAUGCGAAAGAGGAAACGAUCCAUACAAAACUUUUUUCUCAUGUGGAUUCACAAUUUUAAAUUUUGUUCUUUUAUAAAUCGAUUAAAUUUAUACGUGUGCAAUAUCUAUACGAAGAACAUCUUCUGCUUCUACUUCGACUUGCGAAGCAUGACUGAGAAAUACAACCUCCUGGCACGGGGAUCCUUCCCCUUUGUGAAACAACAAAUAGCUUAUGCACUCGCCUGCCGAACUGAGUUAUUGUCCUGCGGAUUUAAAUCCCUCAAGGAUUAUGCACACCAUUGCAAAGCGAUUAGAAUUAAGUUAGAAACGUGUAGAAUAGGACGAGAAGAGAAAUUGAAGAAGCGUUAUUUAUCCCUACUUUUAGCUUACAAAAAAAAAAAAAAAAAAAAAAUGCACCUACACAAUUUACUUCUCAAGUAUACAAUAGAGAGAAAAUUUCACAAAUGCAGGACAAUCUUCUUCAUUCUCACCAAUGUGUUCUUUUAUAACAAUCACUUGCGAUUGUGUGAAAAGACCAUUCAGUGUCGAAGAAACAGGAGGACCUUGUUAGAAUGCCUAGACAAGUGGACCCGCUUUAAAAAUUACACCAAAGAAAAUGAGUACCUCCAAAAUUUAAGCAAUGACUUCCUAACAUAUAGAAGGAAAUCUGAAUGCAUUAUUUCUUUCAAACAUUUCUAUGUGGAACGGAAAUGGAUGAAUUACUGUGAAUAUAACUCACUUGUUUAUUACAAGAGUGUACAGGAGAAGAUGGUAGCGCGGGUGAUUACCCACUGGCAUCGACAGUCUCUCCUUGAUCGGCAGUUGACAGACAAGGGUAACCAGUUCAAGGAAAGACACAAUCGUAAUAUGGUGAAGAAAUUUUUCUUCCUUCUCAUUUUUUCCAUUAACAAAAUAAAAAUAGAAAAAAAAAACUUUGAUAUCGUCCGCUUUAAGAGGGAGAAAAUAAUUAAACACAGAAUCAUCAACUUCAUGAGGAGUGCCACUUUGACGUGUUCGAAGAAAUUGGAUCUCAUCCAUAAAACGAUAAGAAAGAAAAAGGAGGAAAACUUGCUUAGGACGUAUGGGCCACCUUUCCUCCAAUUCAUCAUCAAGAAGAAGAACCUCCGAAGAGUCCUCAUCGAUAGUCAACGGAGAAAUGACAACACUCUCACCAAAAAGUAUUUCUACUCCCUCAUUUUUAAGUACGUUACCAACGUGAACCAUUACAAGUACUACUACUACAAUAAGUACCUGUCCCUGUGGAAGUACUACGUGGUGAUUGGCAGAACGAUGAAGCAACAGGCACACGGUGGGGAUACACAAGAGGGCGAAAACCACGGAGGAAACUCAGACGAGGAGCUCUCGGAUAAACCCUUUGAUAACCCUUCAGGCGAUGGUAAAUCGGAUGACUCCUCCGAAUGUACCCUAACCUCUGUACUUGGCCUUCGCAAAGGGGGGAAAGGAGAUCUCCAAGAAUAUGCUAACCUGGACUCCAUUAGCAGCUCCAUAGCGUCGUCCGAAACGAAGGAGGAAAGCGACACAUCGGACAUUGUCGCAGUGGAAGGAGCGAAAUUGUGA